AUGCAUGUUAAUGAUCAUACCACACUCCUACCGUCUGAGCUCCUGCAUACCAUAUUUGCUCUUCUGCCUGGGCGGCAUCAUACCCUAACUUUGCUGCGCAAAGUACCGUCUUGGAUAUCUGUCUCACAUGUAUGCCGGAGAUGGCGUGGCAUUGCGCUGAAGUGCCGUGCGCUCUGGACGCGUUCGCCUUUUCCCAACCUGGCAUGGGCGGAGGAGGCUAUUGUCCGCUCCUCCCCAGCGCUCCUCGAUGUCUUCCUUGAUGCGGCAUUCCACUCGGAAGCUCUCGCGGAACUUGCACUUCGCGAUCUUUCUCGUAUCGGCACGCUUCAUCUAUCACUGGCCGCUAUGUCGCUCUCAGGACAACUCCCGGUGGUGAUCGCAAACGCGAAGACCGAAAGCUAUAUCCUCCCAGCUUGCGGGCGAGGUCCGAUGCAAAACCUCGAAGAGUUGGAGAUAGUGGCCGUGAACGAUCACGACGGGUUGACUCGCGAGCUUCUGAGGAUACCUGCGGCGAUCCUUGGCGGGACUGUGCCUACCCGCCUCCGCCGACUUACACUGGAAGGGUGUGCAUUGCCCACGAGGUCCUGUCUCCUACGUGCUCAGCUCACAUUCCUCACUUUGUCGAGCUCGAAAGCAUGGACGGACCUUGAUGAAAUGAGAAGCUCACUCAUGUGCAUGCCACAUCUUGAAACCCUCAUCAUACGCGUCGACUGUGUCAUAGGAACGAAGCCCGAUGUCAUUAUAGAUAUCGAGCACCCUCGAAUCGACCUCGAGAGGAUGCGCGUCCUAGAUCUCUGGAGCUCUUGUCUGGAUGAUGCAUGCCUGCUCCUGGACAAUGUGCGCAUCAAUAUGGACGCGUCGAUUACGAUCGUCUCGAGGGACAGCCUUGGCGCCUCCGUGCGCAGCGUAAAGCACAUUGCUGCUACCAUACAAGACCUCAUGGACACACGUCGUGGCGGUCACGUUGUCUAUGGUCAUGCCACUGUCUCCAUUCCUGGCCCGUGGUUCACCUACGCAGGGAUACAGAAUCCCCAGGUACUACUUGCAUCGGAGCAAGCGGGAACCAUCCGCAUCGGACGAGAUAUUUAUCACAAAGGUGGUCUAAGCAUAACAGUCGCACAGAGUGAAGACGACGGUUCUGCGAACUAUGGCCGAUUCCGAGACCUGUUGCGUCUGCCGGCGAUAUCAACAUGCAGGAUGCUCACGGUCCGCGACUUGGAGGAUCUCUCUUCCCCUGCGUACUGGAUUGAUCUUUUCCUGGACUUCAACCAAGUCAUUGAGCUUGACCUCAUUCGGAGAGCAUCCUUAUCGUUCUCAACCUUUAUGAACAGCACAGACUAUUUCCCUCUCCUGCGGAUACUCUGGAUAUCUGAGGUCAGCAUCACGAAACGAGAGGAAGACAUGCCCGGUUUUGAUCGCAGUCUGCGCGAGGGUAUACUCAAGCGGGUAGCUUCUGGGAAGCUGAAGAAGAUCCGGAUUUUUCGGUGCGACGUCGCGGCGGAAUAUGUUCGCCAGCUGACCGAACAAGUUGGUGAUGGGAUGAUUGAAUGGGACGGGCACGAAUGGGGGUGGCAGGAAGCACAACGCUUGGAUACGGAGUCGAGCUCAAUCGAUGAGUUCAGCUCGAAUAGCUCGGACGAAUCAUCCGAGGAUGCCUGA